AGUCCAAAGUAGCCCCCGCUCAUUGUUAUCCGGGUUCGGCGCGGAGUUCGACCCGACACCUACGUCCCGACUCUUCAGUUCUCAUAACUCGCAAGUCUUGCUCUUAACAGAUGACAGGCACUCGAGUCGAGAAGUCCCCUAACGACGAGCAAACCACCGCCCAUUACCUCUAACUCUAUCAUGCGCGGGGGAGACAUCAAACCAGACCCACGCUGCAUCCACGCCUACACCAUCAAAAGAUUCAAAACUGCCAACGGUGAUCCCUCGCUCUACAACAGUCUCAUCACUCUAUACUCCAAAUCAGACCUCCUAUCCGACGCUCUGCGUCUCUUCCAUCUGAUCGAAUCACCCAACGUCGUCUCAUGGACGGCCUUGAUUUCUGCGCAUGGAAACACCCUAUGCUCCCUUCAGCACUUCAUAUCCAUGCUUCGUCGUCCUGUCCUACCCAACCAGAGGACUUUAGCUUCCCUCCUCAAAACGUGCGCUUCCCUCCCUUGCCUUCCCUUCGGCCUCCAACUACAUUCCCUCUCUCUCAAACUCUCCCUCUCUCACCUCCCAUUUGCCGGAUCUGCUCUCGUCCGCUUCUAUUCGAAAUGCCGGCUUCCUGCGGAUGCUAGAAAAGUGUUCGACAGAAUUCCCCAAAGAGAUGAAGUCUGUUAUUCUGCAAUCAUUGUGGGCCUCGCGCAGAAUUCUCGAUGCAUCGAUGCGUUAUCCGUCUUCGCUGACAUGAAAUCUGCAGGCGUUGUGUCUACUAUGUAUAGCGUAUCUGGCGCACUUCGUGCGGCCGCAGAGGCUGCCGCGCUUGAACAAUGUAGAAUAAUUCACGCUCAUGCGGUUGUUACUGGCCUUGAGUUGAAUCUUGUUGUUGGGACUUCUUUGGUUGAUGGGUAUGGAAAAUCGGGUCUUGUUAUGGAUGCACAGCGCGUCUUUGACGGAAUGUUGCCCGAUGCGAACAUCGUCUUAUGGAAUGCAAUGAUGGCUGGUUAUGCACAGCAGGGGGACAAGAAGUCGGUGCUUGAGCUAUUUAACGGGAUGAAGGAUCAGGGUCUUGUUGCUGACGAAUAUAGCUUCCUUGCGAUCCUAACUGCGUGCUGCAAUGUGGGGUCGGUGCUCGAGGCACAACAGUGGAUUAGUUGCAUGAAGUCAGAUUACGGGGUGGAACCAGGACUCGAGCAUUAUACAUGUGUGGUUGGUGCAAUGGCUCGAGCAGGCCAGCUAGAGGAUGCCGAGCGCCUGGCCAUGACCAUGCCAUUCAAGCCUGAUGCUGCAGUUUGGCGAGCCCUGCUUUCAGCCUGUGCGGUCCAUGGUGCAGUUGACAUGGCUUGGACCAUGGGACGGCGACUCUUGGAGCACGACCCACGAGAUGACUCUGCAUAUGUGAUUCUUGCAAAUGUCCAUGCAACUGCGGGAAGGUGGGCUGAGGUAGCUGAAGUGUGGAAGUUGAUGAAAGAUAGAAGGGUGAGGAAGGAGGGUGGUCGGAGCUGGAUUGAGGUUCGUGGGGAAGUUCAUGUGUUUUUAUCAGGUGACAGGAGGCAUGAGAGAACAGCAGAGAUUUACGCCAAACUGGCAGAACUAAUGGAGGAGAUUAGGAAAUUGGGGUAUGUGGAGGUUUCGGAUGCAAUGUUGCACGAGGUGGAAGCAGCAGAGAAGAGGGCGGCACUCUGGUAUCACAGUGAAAAGUUGGCUGUGGCGUUUGGGUUGGUGGUUGGGGCGGCACCACCGGGGAAGGCCCUGAGGGUGGUGAAAAAUCUCAGGAUUUGCAGGGACUGUCACGAAGCUUUCAAGUAUAUGAGUAAGGUGAUAGAUAGGGAGAUUGUUGUGAGAGAUGUCAACAGAUAUCAUAGGUUCUUGCAGGGGAGUUGUACAUGUGGAGAUUAUUGGUAAUUUUAGGUGGUUAUUUACGAAGUUUUAAUCACAUGAAGGAAAUAUCACUGCUUUAGUUCUUUAACCUGAACAAAUUCUUCCAUUUCUAAAGUGCUCCUCAUAUAUAUUACAUCAACAAAGCACACAUAAUGGGAUUUACAGAGAUGRAAAUUAGUUUCCAUUUUAGUGAUUUUGAUUUCUGAAAUAGACAUUGAAAUCAACUAUACCGGGGAAUACUAAGGCUCUAUUUAGGAGGGGUGCAAACACUAGUUGGGGACAUAUAUGCACUUUUGUUCAAUUUUGCAGGUGUGGAUAGAAUGCAUUGUGUAUUGAAAAUGACAGUAAACAUGGAUUCCAAUUUCCAAGACAUGUUUGUAUUCAAAUUGAGAGCAAAGUUUGCAUCCAAAAUAUUGAUGCAAACUUUUGCACUCAAAGUUGGUCAAUGUAAAACAGUGAAUUCCAGCCUUGGAAUUGGUGUUUAUACCCAUCACAACUAAGACACAGAUGGGUGUAACACCACCCAA